AUGUCGUCAAUGGAUGACGCUCAAGACAUGUUUUGUAACGAUGAUCUUGUUAACCCUCUAAGUUCUAUGGGUAUGCAAGUGUCAUGCAUUCUUGUUGUGUCACACUUCUUCAACGUUGUUCUUAGGACUAUGGGCCAACCUGGACCCAUUGCACAAAUUCUGGCUGGGUUGAUAUUAGGUCCAAUGUCUCAUAUUCCAUAUAUAAAAGAGACAUUCUUUCCAGCCAGUUCCAUAAAUUACUAUCAAGUAGUGAGCUUCUUUUGUCGCAUAAAUUUCAUGUUUUUAUUUGGCUUGGAAAUGAAUAUUCACUACACAUUGCGCCAUUGGAAAAUGGUAACCUUAGUAGCAUGUGGAGGUGCCCUAAUGGGUGGUAUAAUUGGUCUAUCUGUCUCAUUUUAUUUGCAUCAAGAGUUAACUGAUGAUACUAAUCCCAACUAUUACUUUUAUAUGACCAUUAUGCUAAUGGUAUCAUACACAAGCUCCCCCAUGGUGAUUCGUUUGACGGCGGAGUUACGAUUUGCUGCAUCCGAUAUCGGGCGAAUCGCGGUGUCUUCAGCGUUGAUUACAGAAAUGGCUUGCUUAUUGUUCUUCAAUGUGAUAGAAGGUAAAACAGCUAGAACAUUGCUACAAAAACUUGGUUAUUCAAUUUAUAACUUUGUCCUUCCAGUAUACUUUGGAUAUUUGGGAUUACAAUGUGACCUCAUAAAUGUGUUUACAAGACUGAAUCGAACAGCCAAUGUAGCCAUAUUGAUCUUGUUGAGCAUUGGUAGCAAACUCGGCGGAACUCUUAUAGUUUGUCGUUACCUUCAUAUUCCUACAAAUGAAGGGAUUUUUCUUGGCUUCAUGUUGAACACUAGAGGAUAUGCUGAUUUGUUAUUCAUUGGUGCAGCAGCAAAGCAAAUCACUAGUUUUGAUGCCGAAUCUUACAAUGUGUUGCUAGUAUCGAUAGUAUUAAACACAAUAAUAUCAGGAAUAAUUGUGUCGUUUAUAGCAAAGGGGGAAGAGAAAAUGUUUUCAAACAACCAUACAACAAUUGAACCACAAGAAAUGGAAGAUGAACUUAAAAUUUUGGCUUGUGUGUAUGAUCCUCGACAAGUAUCUGCGAUACUAGCCACAAUACUAGCAAUACAUGGCUCUAAAACAUCACCUUCCACCACUUAUUUAAUGCACUUAAUAGAGCUUGUGAAGAAAAUCAAGUCAAACUUGUUAUACCAUGAAAAAGAAAAUGGCGAUAUCAGCGAUGAUGACGAAGCCUUUGGUGGAAAUGAUGUGGUGGACAUUAAUAAUGCCCUAGAUACCUUCACUGAAGACACAAAGAUUUUGGUCCAACAAAAAAGGACAGUUUCUUCUUUUCUAAGUCUGUAUGAAGAAGUGUGCAGCGAAGCAGAAAAUCUUCAAGUAUCGAUUAUUCUUCUUCCCUUUCACAAGCAUCAACGAAUCGAUGGAAAACUUGAAAGCGGAAAAGAAGGUAUAAGGAUUACUAAUCAGAAGGUUCUUAGGCAUGCACCUUGUUCUGUCGGUGUAAUUAUAGAAAGAGGACUUACUACAUCAUUUGGUUUCUCGGAACUAAUAGAAUCUGAAACCAUUCAAAAUGUUGCAACACUUUUUUUUGGAGGGCCGGAUGACCGCGAGGCUGUUGCUUGGAGCCUACGCAUUUCAAAAUGCCCUCGAAUUAACUUGACAAUCAUUAGAUUUUUGUUGUCGUCUAAAUUAGAAAAUGAACAAAUUGAUAAAAGUGGAGUACAAUCUAAGGAAAAAGAGAUUUUAAUGUCGUUGUCCGGGGAAGAGACUGCGAAUGAUGAGAUUGACAAUAACUUCAUGGUUGAUUUUUAUAACAGGCAUGUCGCUUCGGGAAAAAUUGGAUAUGUAGAAAAUUUUGUGAAGAAUGGAAGACAAACAGUUGAAUGUUUGAAAGAGAUUGGUGACAUAUACUCUUUGUUUAUAGUUGGAAAGGGUGGUAGAGGAAAUAGUUCACUAACAAUAGAUAUGAGUGAUUGGGAGGAAUGUCCAGAACUUGGAUCAGUUGGUGAUAUUUUAGCUUCUUCAGAUUUUGAUAUUCAUGGUUCUGUGUUGGUCAUUCAACAACAUAGAGAUGUCAAGAAAGGUCUAAUACAUGAUUAA